GGAAGGGUGAGGAGUCAGAGUUCGUCAGAGAAGAGCCCAAUGAUACCUAUAUGUCCAGUAGUUUCCUUCACCUACGUGCCCAGCCGGGUAGGUGAAGAUGCCAAAAUGGCCACCGGCAGCUACUUUGGAUUUGCUCACGGUGGUGCCGCGCAGUACAGCCAGCCGGCAGCCGCUGGGGUAGGCUACAGCCACCCUACGACAGUGGCCAGCUACACUGUGCACCAGGCGCCGGUCGCGACUCACACCGUGGCAGCUGCCUACGCGCCCACCGCGACCCCCGUGGCCGUGGCCCGGCCAGCACCGGUGGCGGUGGCAGCUGUGGCCACCGCCCCUCCCUAUGGCGGGUACCAGCCCACCCAUGCUGCCACCGAGUACAGCUAUGUACAGAGGCAGCAGGAAGCACCUCCCCCUCCCCCGCCUGUCACGUCCCAGAGUUACCAGGACUCCUACUCAUACGUGCGGUCCACAGCCCCUGCUGUAGCUUAUGACAGUAAACAGUACUACCAGCAGCCCACAGCUACAGCGGCUGUGGCCGCUGCUGUCGCACAGCCACAACCCACUGUGGCAGAGUCCUACUAUCAGACAGGUACGCUAAACACACCCUGGGAGUCAACCUGGAACAAAAGCAUCCAAGCUCCUAAGACUGGAUACAGCCAGGGAGUCACACCGUACACACAGGCCCCGCAAACCCGUCAGGUGACUGUCAUUAAGCCUGCGGCGCCCAGCCCGGUCACCUCCACCUUCCCCCUGUACCCGGGCUCUUCCACCGUGCAGCCAGUGCCUGCAGCAGCAGCAGCAGCAGCCACAGUGGUCCCCACCUACUCUCAGAGCCCCACCUACAGCACUGCGGCCGUCACAUACUCAGGUACGUCGUACUCUGGGUAUGAAACGCUGUACUCGCCAGCCUCAUCGUACUACCAGCAGCAGCAGCAGCAGCAACAGCAGCAGCAGAAGCAGGCGGUGGCCGCUGCAGCCACUGCAGCCUGGACCGGGAGCACCUUCACCAAGAAAACACCCUUCCAGGCCAAGCAGCUCAAACCCAAGCAACCCCCCAAGCCCCCUCAGAUCCACUACUGCGAUGUCUGCAAGAUCAGCUGUGCUGGGCCUCAGACGUACAAGGAGCACCUGGAGGGGCAGAAGCAUAAGAAGAAGGAGGCAGCACUGAAGGUGUCCCAAAGCGGCAGCAGUGACAGCGGCAGCAGCAGCGUGGGCUCCGCCCGGGGCGCUCCAAACCAGCUGCGCUGUGAGCUGUGCGACGUCUCCUGCACCGGCGCAGACGCCUACGCUGCACACAUCCGCGGGGCCAAGCACCAGAAGGUGGUGAAACUGCACACUAAGCUGGGGAAGCCCAUCCCCUCCACGGAGCCGAGUGUGGUCACCCACACGCCCACAGUCACCACAACUGCCCCCGGCAGGACCGCCAGCUCUGCCGUCAGCAGCACGGUCAGCAGCAGCGUGACCACGCCCAUCUCCUCCUACCUGAAGCCCGUCAACAUCGUGAGCAGCGCCACCACCAUUCCUGCCGUUGCCAAGGGUCCUGCUCCCACAACUACAGCUGCCAGCACUCCCCCAGUCAAGGUCAACACUCCCAAGAUCACUUUCAUAGGUGGAAACAGACCACAGACCUCUGGUGUUAAGGUAGAGGAGGCGAAGGCAGCCCAGCCCGCCCCAACGGCUCAGACACUGGAAACGAAGGCCAAGGCCGCAGCUGAGGUUUUGCCUGUGCACUCCACUGUGGCUGCGCUGCAGAGUGACGUUCAACCUGUGGGCCAUGACUACGUGGAGGAGGUGCACAAUGAUGAGGGCAAAGUUAUUCGGUUCCAUUGCAAACUGUGCGAAUGUAGCUUUAAUGACCCAAAUGCCAAAGAGAUGCAUUUGAAGGGAAGGAGACACCGUCUGCAGUAUAAGAAAAAGGUGAACCCCGAACUCCAGGUGGAGGUGAAGCCCAGCAUCCGGGCACGGAAGAUCCAGGAGGAGAGGAUGAGGAAGCAGAUGCAGAAGGAGGAGUACUGGAGGAGGCGGGAGGAGGAGGAGCGCUGGAGGAUGGAGAUGAGGCGCUAUGAGGAGGACAUGUACUGGCGGCGCAUGGAGGAAGAGCAGCACCCCUGGGAUGAACGCCGAAGGCUGCCGGAUGCAGGUUACCCCCAGGGCCCCCCUGGGCCGCCCGGCCUUCUGGGAGUCCGGCCUGGCUUGCCCAUCCCACAACCUCAGGGACCUGUGCCCCCUCGCCGGCCGGACUCCUCAGACGACAGGUACGUGAUGACCAAACACGCCGCCAUCUACCCCGCCGAGGACGAGCUCCAGGCCAUCCAGAAAAUUGUGUCCAUCACAGAGAGAGCGCUCAAACUGGUGUCCGACAUCAUCUGUGAUGAGGGCGAGGAUGACGAUAAGGACAAGGAGAAGGAUUUCCAGAGAGAAAGGGCACUAAAGGGUAUAAUGAGAGUGGGUGUGCUGGCCAAAGGCCUGCUACUCCGCGGGGACAAGAACGUCAGUUUGGUCCUCCUCUGCCACGAAAAACCCACAAAGACCCUCCUCACACGCAUUGUGGAGCUCCUUCCCAAGCAGCUGCCGAUGGUGACACCGGAAAAAUACGAAGUGAAAGGCUCUGUCCAGGAGGCAGCCAUCAUCCUGACGUCCUGCGCCGAGCCAAAGAUGGAAGUCACUGUCACACUGACCUCGCCUGUAAUCCGAGAGGAGAAUGCGCGGGACGGAGAUGUAACCUCGGGUUUGGUGAAAGACCCAGCGGACGUCUUGGACAGGCAAAAAUGCCUUGACGCUCUGGCUGCUCUACGCCACGCUAAGUGGUUCCAGGCUAGAGCCAAUGGACUUCAAUCCUGCGUGAUUAUCAUCCGCAUCCUGCGCGAUCUGUGCCAGCGUGUCACCACCUGGUCUGCCUUCCCCAGCUGGGCCAUGGAGCUGCUUGUUGAGAAGGCCAUAUCCAGCGCCUCAGCCCCCCUGAGCCCUGGAGAUGCACUGAGGAGAGUAUUUGAAUGUAUUGCUUCGGGGAUCCUGCUACCAGGUGGACCAGGUCUGAUGGACCCCUGUGAGAAGAACCCCACAGAUACCCUGGGUGCCAUGACGGUGCAACAGAGAGAGGACAUCACCUCUAGUGCACAGUUUGCCCUCAGGCUGCUUGCAUUCCGCCAGAUCUACAAAGUUCUGGGCAUGGACCCCCUGUCCCAGAUGAACCCGCGCUUCAGCGACUGCACCAACCGCAAGAGGCGGCUUGAGAACAGCAAUGGAGUGGACAGCUGUGAAGGCGAGGGCAAGAAGGACAAGAAGGAUUACGACAGCCACUAGACAGGCCUUAAUACUGCCCCUCUUAAACACUAGUGUUAUGGACAGUGCGUGCGGUCCCUGCUGAUUAUUAUUAUUAUUAUUAUUAUUAUUAUUAUUUGCUCUAUAUCUCAGUUUGUAAACUCUUUAGUGUAGUAACUCUGACCUCCAGUUUUGUUUUAAGAUGACCAUACAGACUACUGGUAAGGGUAUUAUCAAAAUGAUAAAUGUCUGUACCACACUGUGUUGUUUUUUGUUCAUAAUGAUCUAAGCAGCGAUCUGCACUUACCAUACCUAAAGCUGUUUACACUACUGGCUGUUCGUAGGUAUCAAUAUUGUAGGAAUGUCCAUAAGAAAGCUAUGUAAGAGUAUCCAUAAUAAAGCUCUACAGGAGCCUCUUUGAAAUCAGGAACAUUUAGUUUUUGUUUUUAUUUGAGGGAGAAGGGGAGGCAGGGAUUCCUCUUAACAGUGAAGCAAAACAAAGUAAGAUGAACAUUUUAUUAUUAUUUACUAUUAGGGAAUUAUUAGGGAAAAUACUUGACUACAAAAAUAUAUUCUUGUCAUCUACGGUUAAACAAUUUACAUUAAGGGCAUUGGCUAUAGCCUAGUCAAUAUGAAGCACACAGUGUAGAAUUACUUAUGUUUUUCUUUUUGAGAGAGGUGUAGGGUCAUUUUUUGAAUCAGAUUUUUUCACUUGCAUUGUGCAAAUGGUGUAUUGUUAAUAUCUUGUUGAAGGUCUAGGCUGAUGUUUCAGUGUCAAGAUAGCUGUGGCACAGAUUCCCAUGGCACCGUAUUAAAUUUUCACUGAUUCCA